AUGGAUUUGAACUCUGUACAAGACCUCAAGGACGUCCUCCGACCCGACUUCUUCCACGGCUACGCUACAGCAGCAGCCCAAAUCGAAGGCGCCUGGAAUAAAGAUGGCAAGGGCGUGUCCAUCUGGGACACCUUCGGUCACACGCCGGGCAAAAUCGCCGACGGCAGCACAGCCGACGACGCCGUCCGAGCUUACGACUUCUACCGCGAGGAUGUGGCGCUCAUGAAAUCCUACGGAGUAAAUGCCUACCGCUUCUCCCUCGCGUGGUCCCGUAUCAUUCCACUCGGUGGCCGCGACGACCCCGUUAACGAGCAAGGAAUCAAAUACUACUCCGAUCUCAUCGAUGAACUCCUCCGCAAUGGAAUCACCCCCUUCCUCACUCUCUUUCACUGGGAUAUCCCGCAGGCCCUGGAAGACCGGUACGGCGGCAUGCUGAACCAGGAAGCUUACACGCCGGAUUUUGUCCGCUACGCCCGUGUCUGCUUCGAGCGCUUCGGCGACCGCGUCAAACACUGGAUUACCUAUAACGAACCUGGCGUGUAUACCCUCGCCGGAUACGCAGCGGGCGUCCACGCACCUGGCCGAUCAUCCUUCCGGGAGCGCAAUGCCGAGGGCGAUUCGUCCACGGAGCCGUUCACCGUCGCGCACACAGAGCUCGUGUCCCAUGGCCAUGUCGCGCGCCUGUACCGCGAAGAGUUCCAGCCCGAACAGAAGGGCACCAUCGGUAUCACUCUACACGGGAACUGGUCCGAGGCGUGGGAUGAGGAAGAUCCGCUCGACCAGGAAGCUGCGGAGCGUGCGCGCGAGUUUGAGAUCGCCUGGUUUGCGGAUCCAUUGUACAGGACAGGAGACUAUCCGGCGUCGAUGCGGGCGCAGCUCGGUGAUCGGCUCCCGAGGUUCACGGCCGAGGAAUCGAAGCUCGUCCUGGGGAGCUCGGAGUUCUAUGGUAUGAAUAGUUACACUACUUUCUUCAUGAAGCAUAAGACUUCGUCACCUGAUAUCAAUGAUCACAAAGGUAAUGUUGAGAUCCACGAUGAGAACAAACAGGGGGUGUCUCGCGGCGAAGAGAGUGAUACCCCCUGGCUGCGGCUGCGCCUGACGCCGAUUUACGUCACCGAGAACGGUACCACUGCCAAGGGUGAGACGGCACCCACACCUGAGGUUCUGAAUGAUGAGUUCCGCAUUAAGUUCUUCGAGGGCUAUGUUGGCAAUGCGUUGGCGCGGGCUGUGAAGGAAGAUGGAGUUGAUAUCCGGUCAUACUUUGCUUGGACUUUCACUGAUAACUGGGAAUGGGCUGCUGGAUAUGCGGAUCGCUUCGGUUCCACUUUCAUUGACUUCGAGUCUGAAGAGAAGACCAGGUAUCCCAAGCAAUCUGCUUAUUAUUUGGACAAAUUAUUUAAGCAUUUGAUCAAAGAUGCAUAG